UCCCUCCCUCCCUCUGCUGGACAGUCUGAACUGAGCACAUCAUCAUGGCGGUUGGUCAAGUCCACUCCACGGAUACGUCGCGUCCUUUCAGACAGGAUCUCCCGCCCAAAGGGGGAUAUGCUCCCAUCAACUAUAACCGCAUUCCGGCCAAGACGUUGAGCAAACCUGGCCUCUUGUUCUUGGGUGGGUUGGCCGUAAAUGCCUUGGGUAUUUGGACCUACAAGACCAAGCGGACCGUGAUUGAGCGCAAGAAGUUGGAGGAGACCUCCGUGGAACUGGGCUUGGAGCCCUUGAUGUUGGCCGAAAUGGAUCGAGCUUAUCUGCUCCAAAUGCGACGAAAUCGCGAUGUUGAAGCCGAGUUUACUCGCGAUUGGCCCAAUUGGGAAGUGGGACGAUGGUUCCAGCAGCCUUUGUUUUACACUAUCCCCGAGGAUGAGUUACCUCGCCUUUCACCCCUUGAGCUGUUCAUUCACGCAGACCCCAAGACGUUGAAGAAAGAAAUUAAUUACAGGAAAAAUAGGACUCUUUAAGAUCGGAUCCGCCACCUGUCUCCAAAUAUAUCCAGUACUUGGGCACGAAUCCCACUUAGUGUUGAACUGAAGUCAAUAAAUCAUCUCAUAUGUUCAAAGAAUUAUUAGUGCUAAUAAACCCACAUCUGUCGCAGCAGCCUC